AUGAGUGAAGAAGCUAAAAAGAACAUUGCUGGGCCUCUAACGGCGAGGCCCAACACCGAUGACCGGAAACUGUUGCCGUUACCGUCACCGGCGACGGCCGUCCCCCCGAAGAAGGUCAUCAUCAAGAGCGCCGACAUGAUUCCCGACAUGCAGAAGGAGGCCGUUGAUAUCGCCGUCGCCGCCUUUGAGAAGUACAAUGUGGAGAAAGAUGUUGCAGAGCAGAUAAAGAAGGAGUUCGACAAGAGGCAUGGCACCACUUGGCAUUGCAUCGUUGGUCGUAAUUUUGGCUCAUACGUGACUCAUGAAACAAACCACUUUGUUUAUUUCUAUUUGGAUCAAAAAGCGGUUUUACUCUUCAAAUCUGGCUAG